AUGGCAUUUCUUAUUGAUAGUAAUAUUAGGUGUGAUGGUGGUGUUGAGCUUGAUAUUAAGCUUCUUAGUAAUGACAGUGGGUUUGGUGAGUGUGAAGAUAAUAGUAAGUUUGGUAGGUGUGAAAAUGGUGGUAGGUUUGACAGAUAUGGAAAUAGUGGUAGGUUUGACAGAUAUAAAAAUGGUGGUAGGUUCAUCAGCAACAAGUAA